UCUCGCUGCACCCCUCUCCCGUCCUUGUACACGCACACGCACGCUGACCCCACGCAGGAUCCAAAGCAAGAUUCAAAAGCACAUCUUCGCGUUUUCUACCAGCUCCCCAUCAUCCUAUAAGGGAGGAAGAAGCCGGAGCCUUUAUUGGAAGAGAUGGCGAUGAGCCUGUGCCCCCUGUUGUUGGUCUUCGUGCUGGGUCUGGGUCUGACCCCACCAUCCCUGGCUCAGGAUGAUUCCAGGUACAGACAGUUCCUGACCAAGCACUAUGAUGCCAAUCCAAGGGGCCGGAAUGACAGAUACUGUGAAAGCAUGAUGGUGAGACGACACCUGACCACACCCUGCAAAGACACCAACACUUUUAUUCAUGGCAGCAAGAGCAGCAUCAAGGCCAUCUGUGGAAAUAAGAAUGGAAACCCUUACGGAGAAACUUUAAGAAUAAGCAAGACUCGUUUCCAGGUCACCACUUGCAAGCAUGCAGGAGGGUCCCCCCGGCCUCCAUGCCGAUACAGAGCCACACCAGGGUUCAGAAGCAUUGUCAUUGCCUGUGAAAACGGCUUGCCUGUCCACUUUGAUGAGUCCUUUUUCCGUCCAUAACCUGCAGGCCACUGCCCAGAGCUGGAUCUGCUCUCCUUCCCUUGCAUUUCCCUUCCACACCCCAGAACAGUGGUGGCAACAUUCAUUGCCAGGGGCCCAGAAAAUGAGCAGCCUGGACCUUUUGUUGUCUGUUUUAUAGUAUGUUUAACAAAUAAAAAUGUCUCUGAAAUUAGUAAGAAUCAAAGUCUUCUCACUGAUUCUUGGCCUAUUGAUCUUUCCCCAUUUUCUCUACUCAGCUGUCUCCUGGGAAGAUUGGAUGGGAUAGAAAUGCCUUUUUCUUUAUCAGUCAGGUCCUUAUCAGUCAGUAGGGAGGGGGACUUCACCUUUCUGUGAAGGUGAGGAUGUUAAAUUCAUCUUACAGAGACAGCUGGCAAAACUCCAGGGCUCAUGGCCACUGAGAAGAAUUUUCAGGAGGCGAAAAUUAUUUUUGCUGUCAAAUAAUAAGCCAAUAUUACUUUUACAAGUGUUAAACCUUAAGGAGAAGAGUUUAGAACUUAAUACCAACAGAUUCAUUCGACUUUCACUCUCUGUCUCUCCCUCUCACACACAGACACAUGCACACACAUGUAAUCCUACGUGAGUACCAAAAUCCAUUCAGGGUGGCCACCUCUUGUCUUAAGCAAGAGGUAGUUUUGAUGUUGUUUUAAAUGGGAUGCUCCCAGGAUAUUCUCAUGGUUAUUUUAUAUAAAGAUCAAAAAAUUUGAUUACUUUACAUUAUUCUCUCUAAUUUUUUACCUUAUCAACUGGUGUCUGGCAACCGUGAGGUCUUAGGGAAGUCAUAGAUUGCAAGCUCAUCCCUCAUUCUUCUUCAACUGGGUUUAUUUUCAAGUAAACAUAAACUUAGGUUAACAGACACUCUCUUUGUAAAAUAUACUAAUCAAUCCACAGGUUCAGUGGUUAACUUCUUGUUACCUAAUUCACAUCAACAGAUGCCUGGAUAUUUUAUGUAGAAAGUAGUUAAAAAUUACAGUUAUAAAUCACUAGUUUUGCCAUCUUGUGACUAUAUGACAGUAGUAGUCACAGCAUUCCUGAUGGUGGCCUCUCCUGCUGCCUUCAUUACCCUGAAAUGGGCCAAAAUCUCUGGUUCCCCAGUACCUGGGUUAUAGACCAGUGUCCAGGUGCCACCUGGGAGAGCCCAGCCUUACUGAAAGUAUUCCAAUUUCUGGAGGAAGGGAAGGAGGAGUAGCUUACUGGCGCACACUCAGGACGUGAAUCUGUCCGCCUUGAGUUAAUCUAUUUCAAAAUUGAAAACACUGUCGUUUCCUAAGAAGGUGAGGAGAGGAGUUUUCCAAACCUCUCUUCUUGGAAAAUUUGCCUUCUCAUAAAAUCUCAAAACCCCUUAGGAAGUGAGAAAGUUUCAGUUUUUUGUAUAAUAUUUGGACCCUUUUCUCAGGUUCUCCAACUGGUACUAUCUCCCUGACAUGAGGCAAAGUGACUUCCAUACAGAUCAUUGUCCCACUCAAAGUCUUGAUGGGGAAGGUCAAAGCCUGGACCAUUACUAUAUUGGUGUCGCCAUAGCUGUGAAAACUCAUGUCUUCUCCAAACAUCUGCUUAGAGCAUUAUCAUUGCACACCCUGCUCUAGCAUUAGGGCAAAUGACUACUUCCUAAGAAACCAUAUAGCCGUGGAGUAGUGGUGCUUCCCGACCUGCUGACAGAGCUAGCAGCUGGGUAGCCAAUCCAGUACUGUUUGCUUCGCAUCUCUUGUUCUCUCACAACCAAAAGCUAUUUAGAGUGAAUUGUCACGUCACAGACAAGACAUUUUAUCUCAAGCAAAUCAUUUGAGGAAUUGAAGUACUGGUCAGCUGCACUUUGUUGACUUUGCAAGGAAAAGAGAAGAAAACCCCCCAAAAUGUCAAGUCCUUUGAAAAGUGGUGAAAUGGAAGGAAGAAAAUACCAUGCAACUGGAGAGAAAAACUUUCUUUAGGGACACAGGAUAAAUCCUAGUAGCUGAGAUAUUUCAGCUUAAAAACAGCCUUCUAACUUCUUGGGAAUACAGAUACUCUACAAAAUAAAUGGGGGAUCAAUAAUAUAUGCAAUUCAAUGUAGCCAUUCAUUAUUUUAUCAGAUUGAGGGAAGCACAGGAAACCAAGAAAAGUGAAAAUUGUAAAAAUGAUCAUUGCCAACAUUUACUGAACACUUAUUGUGGGUUCAGCAUUAUGAUCAGCACUUUACAUUGAUUUUAUCAUUUAUUCUAAGAGGUAGGUAUUGUUAUGUUCAUUUUACUUAUAGGAAAUAUGCUGAGAGAGGUUAAGUAAUUUCCCCACGGUCACACAGCUGGUGUGGCAGAGCUAGAUCUUCGGGAUCAUCAUAUGAAGUUCUUAUUGAGAGUGAAUGUGGUGCAAUGGAGAAAGCCUUCGGGACAAGAUCUGAACAAAAAGUAUGUUAGGAUGAUUAAAGAAUCAUUUAAUUUUCUGUUGUAGCUGCAGACUUGAGAUGCACCCAUUGAUGUCACAUUGGACUUUUCUUUUUGCAAAUAUUUUUCCAUGUCUUGUUAAAUCAGUUGGUUAGUGUGGCUGAGGUCAUGGAUUUGCUUUGCGUGAAUAGUUUGAAUCUUCACUGUAGCCAGUUAUCUUACUAAACUACAUUCUUGGUCACAAGGAAGCAGGAUGUGAAAAAGUAGAUAGAACUGUGCAAGAUGAGAGGCACAAGAUUAGAUUUGGGAAAAACAACCCAGAGUACAUCGUUGUAAUGAAGCUAUCACCUAGGUGCUAAGUGUACCUUCACAAGAGGUAUCCAUUGGUCUUGGCUGAGGAGUGAAUCAAGCAUCAUUUCUCCCUGGCACCCUUCUUCCCAUAACCCCUACACUUCCCUCUCUUCCUAACUCCGUAUCUUGUAUCUACAGCUGCAGUCACAGGAAUAUGACAUAGAGCUUUGUAUCUUUCUGUGUGCAGGCAAAAGGUGGCUGUGAUGUAGGAGGUGGCAUUUAAAAGAAGUUAUUUUUGAUACUGGUCAUUGUUACCAACUAAAGGAUGGGCUUUAGGUGGGACAAAUUGCAGGUCCCUCAUGAGCCAUUUCAGUCACUCAGAGAGUAUUAUCAAACAGCAUCUUUGAAAACACCGGACAGUAGUACUCGUAUACCUCAAACCAGGAGUUCAGCUGAGGCCAGCCCUUGGACUGCACAUGUAGAUAUGCGUCUGUCUGACUCUCAAAAAAUUGUGCUUGCUACUUUGGGUUGCUCACUUCCUGUUCAAUCAGAGAUUAUUUUUCUUUGCUCUAACGAGUCAGCCCUGCCUCACCGCAAGAGUCAAGUGGGUUCACAGUCCAUGAGUUCCUGUCAAUCCCAGGAGUGACGGCCAGAUGGCAGCAUCUGGCUAGUUAGUGUUGAUGAGUGACCCCCACCUCCACUCCCACUCUCUUCCACCCCUGAUUAAACUCUGAUGCUAGAGAAGCAACUCUGAGCAUAGACGUCUUUAAUACCCUGGAUAUGUGGGGAGAAGGAUGAGAGAGGCAGCAGAGGAUGUGGAAAGAGAACAUAUUUUAGCAGAUAGGCCUGGAUUCCUUUCUUCAGAUAACAAAAGCAAUGUUCUCAAAGUCUCUCAAAGCACAGCAAUGCUUUCUUUGUUCUUGCUCUGGAGGUGUUGUUGUUUGUAUUUUAAUUCUAUUAAACAUAUAUUUAUUUUCUAUUGCCAAGAGGUGCCAACACAAUGAUCCCGCAACUAGAGAAGACAGACAACUACCAACAGCCAUUGACAAGACAGGCAGAGCAUCAAGGAUAGAUGCCUGACAAAGGAAUAUAUCACCAGGGCCUAGUUUUUUAGGUUGUGCACAGAAACAGCUAAGAAAAAAGACAGAGUGCAAGUCUUCUGUUGUGGAGAUUGUGCUGUUUAGAUUUAUUUUUUAAAUGUUUCUUAGCUUUUCUCAUCAGUCAAUUCCACAAGCCUCGGGAACACCUUCACUCUCUAUACCCAUUUCAUUUUGUUUGUUCAUUAGCCUGCUUAUUUCAUUUAUUGCCUCAUUCAACCACUAAUUACUAUCUUCAAAGCACUGUAUUGGGUCCUCUGUUUUUGGUUCUUUUUUUAAUAGGAUUUACAAGAUUUCCAAAAGGACUUGAUUUUAAUGCCUUUAGAAUAGCCACAUAAGAGAAAAGGCUAAACCUGAAUGUUACUCUAUCCUUUUUGUACUGCCUUCCUUAAUUCCCAGAUGUAAGGAAUUAAA